AUGCCAGUGGUGGGUAACCAAGGGUAUGUUAUGCCACACCGGGACUCUGUGUUUGAGCGGUUCGUGAAGCUGCAACCUUCGACUUUUCUGGGAGGUAUUGACAUAUUAAAGGCCGAGCAGUGGAUGAAGAGAAAACUGAAUGCCACAAUCAGUCGGGACUUGAAGGUUAUCACUUCACAUGACACUUUGUACAAGAAAGUGAUAGAGCUAGCCUUAAUUGCUGAGGAGGCUGAGCAAUAUGUAGUAAAAGAGAAGACCGCAAAGGAUGUCGUCACAGCAUCGAAUCCGCCUGCUAGUGGUAACGUCAAUAAAGAACAUGAGUUGCAUCUCAGAGCAGUUUUGCAACGGUUACGGGAUCAUAAGCUCUAUGCUAAAUUCAAGAAGUGUGAGUUUUGGUUAUCCCGUGUCUCAUUUCUGGGGCACAUAGUGGAUAAAGAUGGAAUCAUGGUGGAUCCGGCCAAAAUUGAAGCUGUACGGGAUUGGCCAGCACCGAAAUUAGCUACUAAAGUUAGAAGCUUUCUGGGCUUAGCUGGAAAAGGAAAAGUUCGUGGUAUAUUGUGA